AUGUUGCGGACGGCCUUGAGAACUUCCGCUCAUUUGAAAUCUCAGUACAGACUGACUUCCAUAUUAUACACGAGAGAUCAUUACUGGGUCCAAAAAGAAACGAAGAACGCGACGCACUUCAAAGUAGGUCUUUCUGACUAUGCGCAGGACUCGUAUGGCGACUUCGUGAUGGUCGAGAUCGAUAGACUUAAUGAGGAGAAAAUCCACGUGAAGGAAAAGCCCCUGAACAAUAUCAAGAAGUUAUUCAAGCGAGAAAACUCGGAGCUACUUUCGGCGAAAGCAGUAACACGCGAAGAAGAAGAGCGAAAACGAAUUCUCGAUGACAAUUCUCUGCUCACAAGGACUGGCGGCGUCGAUCCCUCGCUCUGGACUCGGCAGGAGCCCGUUUUAUCAAACGACCUUACUAGCUUAUUUCAUCGAAAGCGUUCUUCAAUGCAGAGUACUGUUUCAUCUCGGCCAAGUUCUUUGUCGACGAAGCUCUCAAACUUGAUUUCGAUUGCACACAUUCCUGAAGCUGAGCGUCGCGUCGAGGAACAGAAAAUCGUAUUUUGGGUUCCUGACUCCGACGUUCCAAUUUGUAUGAACUGUGGCUUGAGUUUCGGCAUUCAAUCUGCCCUUCUUCUUUCAAGGCGUCAUCACUGUAGAACCUGUGGAGCUUUGGUGUGCACAGAUUGCUGCCAACAGCUCCGUUACGACGCGCUGGCGGAGGCGAUCUCAGCUGAGUUAAAUUCAGAGCUUGUGGAUCCAAACGCGGCGGUUAGAGUUUGCGAGUUCUGCUUUCUAGAAAUCGCUAAAAUUGGCACGAAGACAAGUCACAAAGAAUCCGAAUCUAUCAUUUUCAAAGUGUAUGCCAGGUGGGCCAAAGUCAAGUCAGAAAUUGGCAGGCUGACAAGCGAAUUGCAGUAUCACACCAGAGAGCCAAUUUACUUCAAGGAACUUGUUUCCAAGCUUGAAACGGAAAUGCGUAAGUUGGAACGGUUGAGUCAGCAAAUUGGCAACAUUAUCGACGCCGACGAUCGACUCGUUCGUGGCUUGCAGCGCGUAACUUCGCUCAUUCUUCACGAUACGAAGCUGGAAAUGAUUUCAAGACGCGCCCAGCUCGAUCUAUCAUCCAAAACUAAUUCUAGUGUCGCUUCUUCGAAGUCUUCCCCACGCAACUCCCCCUUCUCAUCUGUUCCGUCGACGCCAGCACACUCAUCUUCCCCGAUACGGACCGCUUCGCCUGAGCCUGCGGCAAAUCGUAUCAAUGUAGUAAACGUAAACAGCCAUAAAAGCUCCGGAACGGAUCCUUUCCGAAUCCCUAGCCGCAAAAGCGAGGAUCCUCCUGCGAAUCCCUUCGAAGAUGAAAACGACAAUUACGACAACGAGCUCAAUCCCUUCGCAAACGACUCUUCCUCAAACGUUUCCGAGAAAAGCGACAAGAUUCAAAUGUCUCCCCGAAUCGAGAACAUUUUCGAAGUCGAAAAGGACGAGAAGGAUGUGCAAAUCGAGUUCCUUCUCAAAGAUAUUGAGAGAGCUCGCAAGAAAGGUGAUCUCGAAAAGGUCGCAAUAAUUCAACAAGUGCUAGACCAGUUUCUUCAAGAACAGGACGACAGAUGA